ACCCAGUCACAUCCCUGCUUCAGUCAGUGGUUCAUACUGGUAAAGUCAGUUUGGCAAACUGGGUGCCGCGAGUGGAUUUUAAACAGGAGAUGCCACUUUUAUAAGAAACGCAGUGUUUAUUUUUGUUAUUUUAUCUUAAAACUAAAACAUCUUUUGUAUAAAUGACGUUUCAAGUCGCGCCCUCCAUGGUGCAUAAAUAUGACACAGAGAGGGCGGUGGGGCUCCUCAGACAAUACCAGGCCAACCUGACCAGCCCAGAGGAGCAGGCCUUGAAGACCAGUGUGGGCAAAGUGUCUGCCAUCUUGGGCAGCCAGCUUUUCCAAGCUCUUCUCGAUAUUCAAGAGUGUUACGAGGUGACCUUGCAGUUGAAUGCAGAACAAACUGUUGUAAAGGAAGACAGCGGGCAGGAUGUGUGGGAGGACCAGGAGGAUGAAGGCGUGUCUCGGGUUCGAGUGACCAGCAGGAGCAGUCCCCUCAAAGUGGAGCGGGUCUCUGGUGUUGUGGCGCGCUCCCUCGUCGAGAUGCCAAAGGCCAACCCUCCCCCCAUCAUUGUCAACGCAGACUCACUAGAUGCAGGCCCUUAUGUAAACGGAAGCGACGGGAUGUUUAAGUAUGAGGAAAUCAUUUUAGAGAGGGGGAACUCCGGCCUGGGCUUCAGCAUUGCUGGAGGAAUAGACAAUCCCCACAUUCCCGAUGAUCCGGGGAUUUUCAUCACCAAGAUAAUCCCUGGAGGAGCAGCUGCUAUGGAUGGACGGCUGGGGGUUAAUGACUGCGUGCUGCGUGUGAACGAGGUGGACGUCUCCGAGGUGGUUCACAGCCGAGCGGUGGAAGCCCUGAAGGAGGCGGGGCCUGUGGUGCGGCUGCUGGUCCGACGGAGGCAGGCCCCCCCAGAGACCAUCCUGGAGGUCAACCUGCUGAAGGGCCCCAAAGGACUGGGAUUCAGCAUUGCUGGGGGAAUUGGGAACCAGCAUAUUCCUGGAGACAAUAGCAUUUAUAUCACCAAGAUCAUAGAAGGAGGAGCCGCCCAGAAAGAUGGACGACUGCAGACUGGAGACCGACUGCUAGCUGUGAACAACAUCGUGCUGCAGGAUGUGCGUCAUGAGGAGGCAGUAGCUGCGCUGAAGAACACCUCUGAUAUGGUUUACCUCAAGGUGGCCAAGCCAGGACCCGUGCAUCUGAACGACAUGUACGCCCCUCCUGACUACUCCAGCACCUUCCCCACCAUGGUGGACAACCACGUCAGCCACAGUUACAUGGGGGCGAUGGAGCCAAAGCCGGUGUAUCCACCGCCCCAGGUCACCCCGUCAAGGUACUCGCCCGUCCCCCGCCACAUGCUUGGGGAGGAAGACUUCACGAGGGAGCCGAGGAAGGUGGUGUUGCACAAGGGCUCCACCGGAUUGGGCUUCAACAUCGUCGGCGGGGAGGAUGGAGAGGGGAUUUUUGUCUCCUUCAUCCUGGCUGGAGGGCCGGCUGACCUGAGCGGCGAGCUGCGGAGGGGCGACCGGAUCCUGUCGGUGAAUGGAGUGAACCUUAGGAACGCCACUCAUGAACAGGCAGCUGCAGCCCUGAAGAGAGCUGGACAGACUGUCACCAUCAUUGCUCAGUACAGGCCUGAAGAGUACAGUCGCUUUGAGUCGAAGAUCCACGACCUGAGGGAGCAGAUGAUGAACAGCAGCAUGAGCUCAGGAUCAGGCUCCCUGCGCACCAGCGAGAAGCGCUCCCUCUAUGUCAGAGCUCUCUUUGACUACGAUCGAGCACGAGACAGCUGCCUGCCCAGCCAAGGCCUGAGUUUCUCUUAUGGCGAUAUCCUUCAUGUCAUCAACGCUUCUGACGAUGAGUGGUGGCAGGCGAGGCUCGUCACUCCGCACGGAGAGAGCGAGCAGAUUGGGGUCAUUCCAAGCAAGAAAAGAGUGGAAAAGAAAGAGCGAGCCAGAUUAAAAACGGUCAAGUUUCACGCCAGGACAGGCAUGAUUGAGUCCAACAGGCAGCAAGUUAAAGUGAAGCGCAAAAAAAGCUUCAACCUCUCACGCAAGUUCCCGUUUUACAAGAGCAAGGAGAAUAUUGUGCAGGAGUUGGUGGAGACUGAACAAUGCCUGACAUCCAACACAAGUGACAGUGAAAGUAGUUCAAAGGGUCAAGAGGACACGAUCCUGUCCUAUGAGCCAGUUAUUCGGCAGGAAAUCCACUACACAAGGCCUGUGAUCAUUUUGGGCCCAAUGAAGGACAGAGUAAACGACGACCUCAUCUCCGAGUUUCCCCACAAGUUUGGCUCCUGCGUUCCCCAUACAACCCGUCCAAGGCGAGAGACCGAGAUCGACGGGCAGGACUACCACUUUGUGGGCUCAAGGGAACAAAUGGAGAAAGAUAUUCAAGAUAAUAAAUUUAUUGAGGCUGGCCAGUUUAAUGAGAACCUCUACGGGACAAGCAUCUUGUCUGUCAGAACUGUGGCAGAGCGGGGGAAACACUGCAUUCUGGAUGUGUCUGGGAACGCCAUAAAACGACUGCAGCAAGCACAACUUUAUCCGAUCGCCAUCUUUAUAAAACCAAAAUCCGUUGAAGCUCUAAUGGAAAUGAAUAAGCGGCAGACGUACGAGCAGGCCAAUAAAGUCUUUGACAAGGCGGUUAAGCUGGAGCAAGACUUUGGAGAGUAUUUCACAGCUAUUGUACAGGGUGACUCGCUAGAGGAGAUCUACAACAAAAUCAAGCUAAUCAUCGAGGAGCAGUCCGGACCAUACAUCUGGAUUCCCUCCCCAGAGAAGCUCUGAGCUCCCGGCCGUCCAACCUGCAGCAGCGCAGAGCUCCCCUCCUGCCUCCCAGAGACCCCACCCACGUCCACAUGCCAACCCCUCUCCCCCGCUCCUCACCUCCUUUUUGCAGAUAUGUUUCAUAUCCAGUUUUAGUGUCAUCAUUAUGUUACUCUCUAAAUGAAAAAGAAGUCUUUAUCACCAUUACUGUGACUGUGCACACCCCUGCAUGAGUUUCUCAACAAAACCAUUCAAGACUGGAAUCGCCAUUCCAAAGGAAUUUGUCAAACGAAAGCAAAAAGGGAAAAGGAUUAACUUCCUUUUGUGGACUAGGAACUGCCUGGAGUUCGGUGUCAGGAAGGAGGAGUAGUGAUUCAAAACGAAGAAAUAUAGACAAAUCAUACCAAGUUGGAAUACUUUGUAAAUGUUCAUCAGAUCACAUUUAAAAAGACAAGACAAGAGGUUGAAGAACAAUUAGGGUUUUGUGUUUAGUUUUUUGGGUUUUUUUCUAAACGGACUGGAUCAAAUUUGAGCCCUGCUGAUGGUACUGUUCGACGAGUCGUCUCUCUUGUUUAUACCGACAGAGGAAAUUGGCGGAGGAGCCUAUUAAAAAAAACAUAAAACAAAACUGGUGAUCUAUUUAUCACGAACCAGCUCGCUGUUUGGUCGUCUGGAAAGAUGGCGGAUCAAGAGGAAGAAACGUGUUGUGAAUCUACAUUUAUAUUAUAAGAUCACAAGAUAAAUCAUUAAGUCCUUCUGAGAUUUUACAGCAUAUUGAAAACUUCACAUUUUACACUUCGUUAGAACCGUCAUUCGGAGGGCUGUUUAGAUUUUUUCCUUUCUUUCUUGUGGGAUUUUAUUUUAUUUUUUAAUUCGAUUUUAUUUUUUGGCUUGUGGUUUUUAGCUGCUCUGUAAAGGACGGGGGUAGAGAAGUGUAACCGGGCUCUCUGCAAAACACCAAACUGCCUUACAUCUAAUACAAAUUCUGUUUUGUGACUACCUGUUGUCUGUGAGGGAGGCUGAAAGCAACCAAAGAGGGCGAGAUCUUUACAUUUUGUGCCCUCAAAGAGCCAGGAGGUCAGACGUUAAGUGCAAUAGAUCAAAAAUCAAGUCUUGCCUCCCUUUACUUCCUUUUCAAACCUUUUUUUUUUUCAGUCUUUUUAUUUUGUGUGUAAUCAAACAAUUUGGCUUUUUCCGAUCCAGACAGGUAGAGCCUCCCGACUCAUGUUGAGCAGUAGACGACCCCAUUACACUCUCUGCCUUCCAGGACGAUUCACUUCUGAUUGGUCACAUGGUACUGUCCUAUCAGCCGCCGCUGUGUGUGGCGGCCUUAAAAACGGGUAGAACAAGACAAUAAUUGUAUUGGAUGUUCUAACAAUUAAAGAGUCAGUAUAACCUGUUUUUGAAUUGUCCCCCCUCUGCCAAAAUGAGAAAACACUAAAGUUGGGUUUGAGUAAA